GGAAUGCACGAAAACAAAGGGCUCCUAAUUCAAGCUGGCCUCCAAGGACCUGCAGUUUGCUAGUCUUCACUCCAGCUGAAUCCUGCAGGUGGCACUGGACUCCCGCCGGGUUCACAGGCAUCCCCUGCCAUGCUGCCCUGUGCAGACUCCCAGCAGGAGGAGCAGUGUCCCUUGGUGUCCCAGAUCCAAAGCUGGCAGGGCUGUGGCUCCUCCCCCAGCUCCUUUUCUCCCCACUGCCUGGGGAAGCCCAGCCCACAACAGAAAUGGCUGCCCAUGCUCUCCGCAGGGCUGCAAGCUCCUCUCUGUGCCCUGCCUGGAGGCAAGCUCACACAGUAAGCAAGGGACACCUGAAGCCAGAAUACGACGCAGUGGUGAUAGGAGCAGGACACAACGGGCUUGUGGCUGCAGCGUACCUGCAGCGACUAGGAGUGAACACGGUGGUCUUCGAAAGGCGCCACGUGAUUGGAGGCGCAGCUGUCACCGAGGAGAUCAUCCCGGGGUUCAAGUUCUCGCGAGCAUCUUACCUCCUCAGUCUGCUGAGGCCACAGAUUUACACUGACCUGGAGCUGAAGAAACAUGGGCUGAGGCUUCACCUCCGAAACCCACACUCCUUCACCCCAAUGCUGGAAGAUGGCAUGGGGGGCAGGGUGCCCAGGUCCCUGCUGCUGGGCGCAGACAUGGCGGAAAACCAGAAGCAGAUUGCACGCUUCUCACAGAAGGAUGCCCAGGCCUUUCCCAAAUACGAGGCGUUCCUGAGUCGCUUGACAUCAGCGAUAGACCCCCUGCUGGACGCUGCCCCUGCGGACCUGGUGGGCCUCCAGCGAGGGUCCCUGCAGCAAAGGCUCAAGUCGCUGUCCACCCUCACACCUCUGCUGAAGGCAGGCUUCACCCUGGGAGUGCAGCUGCCCCGGUACUACCAGGUCCUCGUAGCUCCCAUCACCAAGGUGCUGGGUCACUGGUUUGAGUCUGAGCCACUGAAAGCCACUCUGGCCACAGACGCUGUGAUCGGAGCCAUGAUGAGCCCCCACACCCCGGGCAGCGGGUAUGUGCUGCUGCAUCACGUCAUGGGGGGCCUGGAGGGCAGGCAGGGUGCCUGGGGUUACGUCCAGGGUGGCAUGGGUGCCCUCUCUGAUGCCAUCGCCAGCUCUGCCACUGCACAUGGAGCAAGCAUCUUCACGGAAAAGACAGUGGCUCAAGUGCAGGUGAGCCACGAAGGCCGGGUCCAAGGCGUGGUGCUGCAGGACGGGGAGGAGGUGAGGAGUAAGGUGGUACUAUCCAACGCAUCGCCACAGACAACCUUCUUGAAGCUGACACCGCAGGAGUGGCUUCCCGAGGCAUUUGUGCAGGAGGUCUCCCAGCUGGACACGCAAUCCCCAGUCACCAAGAUCAACGUGGCAGUGGACAAGCUGCCCAACUUCCUGGCAGCUCCCAACACGCCCUCGGGCCAGCCACUGCCCCAUCACCAGUGCUCCAUCCACCUCAACUGCGAAGACACCUUCCUCCUCCACCAGGCCUUCGAGGACUGCCUGGCGGGUCAGCCCUCCCACAGGCCUAUGAUCGAGCUCUGCAUCCCCUCCUCGCUGGACCCCACCCUGGCUCCCCGCGGCUGCCACGUCAUCUCCCUCUUCACCCAGUACACACCCUAUGCGCUGGCUGGAGGCCAGGCAUGGAGCGAGCAGGAGAGGAAUGCUUAUGCAGACAGAGUGUUUGAUUGCAUCGAGGCCUACGCCCCCGGCUUCAAGGGCUCCGUGCUGGGCAGGGAUGUCCUCACUCCUCCUGACUUGGAGAGAGUCUUUGGGCUUCCUGGAGGGAACAUCUUCCAUUGUGCCAUGUCCCUGGAGCAGCUCUACUUUGCCCGGCCUGUGCCCAUGUACUCUGGCUACCGCUGCCCGCUCCCAGGCCUCUAUCUCUGUGGAAGUGGGGCCCAUCCUGGAGGAGGUGUCAUGGGAGCCGCAGGGCGAAAUGCAGCCCACGUGGUCUUUGGGGAUCUCAAGAACAUGUGAACCUGAGUCCACUCACCUGCCC